GAUACAAUUGCGCGCGAACUCAGUUCAUGAGAGACGCUGCUUGAACUAUCACUUUUUAACGGACUUCAAAAUAAGUUCUCAAUUCGACUGUAUUUUUUUUAAUUUCAUAGUGCAACGAAAAAGUUUUCACUUAAAGUGAUAAAAUGUUUUUAAUUUUUCUCUUCGCUCCGUUGACGUUUGUGGUCGCUGAGAAUGUGUUGCCCUCAGACUUCACACGCUGUCGUCAGCGGGACAGUAAGCUAAAUGACUGCUUGAAAAAUGCCGUUCCUGAUGCGUUACGGAGGAUGAAAGAGGGUAUCCCAUCUUUAGAAGUGCCAGCGCUGGAGCCUCUCCUCGUAUCUGGUAUGAACAUCGACGCCGGCGUGGGGCCAGUUACCAUCACGCAGAACUACCGCACAAUCAGACUGCACGGUCUCACUGACUCCACCAUCACUACAUACAAAGCCGAUUUAAAACAUUACCGAUUAAAAACAGAGUCUAUAACACCAAAAAUGGAAUUCAUAGCUGACUACGUGAUGAAGGGGAGGAUUCUUGUUUUACCAAUUCAGGGAAAAGGAGUUGCAAACAUAACAAUGGUCAAUUUAGUCGUGAAGCAUGAUAUUUUUGGUGAGCCGAUAAAGAAAGACGGGGAAGUCUACAUGCAUGUAAAGGACUACAGAGUUAAGUUCAUCCCAGAGAAGGUUUCUCUUUAUUUCUCUAACCUAUUUAACGGUGACAAGAGACUUGGAGAUCAGAUGAACCUAUUCUUAAAUGAAAAUUCAGAGCUUGUUUUCAACGAAUUAAAAGAAUCUUACGAGAAGAGUCUCAGUUCAGUAUUCCAAGACGUCACGAACAAAAUCUUCGACAAAGUUCCAAUGAACAAAAUCUUCCUUGAAGAAUAAUAUUAAGUCUGUGAUCCAAAACUAUAAGAUACUUAAGUAUUAUGUAUAGCAGUGAAUGUAAAAGUUACACUAAUUUUAAGAAGUAGAUAACGAGAGAAUAAUUCUGGUUCAAGUGCAGUAUGAACUGUAUUUAUUAAAACUGCUUUAAUUAAUUAAAAUUGUUAGAAUAAGUUAAGGAAAUAAAGAUGUACAUAAAUCUGAAA